CUGCUUCUUCUCUUUACCCUCUGCAAAGUCACAUCUCUGCCCCUGCUUUAAUGUUACUCCUCCCACUUUCUUGACUUAAAAUCUUGUGUUUGUGUUUCUUUUUCUUUAUGGAAGAAAAUGAGAAUCCUUGACCAUUGGAGUUAUCAAAUUCAGUUCAAGUCAUGAACAUAAUUUUGUCCAGAAUUAUCUCACACCCUCUGUUUUCUUCCAUUGUCACUUUCUACAUUCUAGUCCUUCUCUAUGUCCCUCAUGGGUUGCUCCUCAAAAUCCUCCUCUCUCCAGUUUUCAUCAUCACUGGAACUCUCUUGAUUUUUCUUCUCCGAUUGGGUGCAAUCCAGAAAUCUCAGACAGAAAGGAAAGAAAAAAUUAGUAUAGCAGAAGAAACAGAGUUUCCACAAGAAGAAUCGAAAUGGGUCGAGUGCAAAAGAGGGCCAGAGUCAGAAAUCAAACUGUGUUUUGAUUUUGACCUGAAUCCGAGCUUCAAAGAAAGGUUCGUUGAGUGGGACGUGGGAGCUCCACUGGAGGUGAUAUACGAAGAAAAUGAAAGAGAGGAGGAAGAUGAAGCAAACAAGAAUGACUCGUGUUGGAAUACGGACAGGUACCCGUUGUUGUCAUUGUACUACUCGGAAUCAGACACAGACAGUUCAUCGGAGACGGAUUUUCUGGCGUCAUGGGACUGGGGUUCGCCAGAGAAGAUGGGGUUCACGUGGGAAGAGGAAGACAAAGAUGGAUUAAUAGAAAUUGCUCUUGAAAAGAAAGAUUUAGAUUUCCAUGGGGAAGAAGAGAAUUUGAUAGAGAUUGAUAUCUCCUCCCCCAGAGGGUUAGGUUUAAUUAAUGUUAAUUAAGCAUUAACGACAGUAUAGAGAAAGAGGUUUUGGGUUUUGGAUUAAGUAAUGUUUUUUCAGUGGAAGGAUUUGUAAUGUUUUGAUGAUGGUUUACUGUUUCUAGUAGUACCAAAAAAAAAAAAAAAAAAACGACCUGCUUUAUUCCAUUUUGAAGCUGUAGUUCACUGUGAUUGUCGUUUUCUAGAUCAGGCAAGAUAAAGCUCAUUCUAUGAA